AUGAAUGAUAAUAACCGCAAGGAAGUAAUUGAUUCGUGGCAUAAGCGUGCUGAUGCGUAUGAGAUAUUGGUUAAUAAUUAUCAAAUAUUUACAGAUAUGGCAAUGGGUCUCGUCAAAUUUGUAGAAAAACAUCAAACAAAUAAAGUUCAAGAUUUUCGUAUCAUUGAUUUAGCUGCUGGAACCGGUUUAGUUUCGAAAUUAUUGAUUCAAACUCUUCACAUAUCACCAUCAUCGUUAUAUCUUGUUGAACCAGCAGAGCAAAUGUGUAUACUUGCACGAGGUACCAUAAAGACUCCUCAUGUAUAUCAAAUGUCUGCUGAAGAUUGUCUAUCAACGUCUGAUUUACCUCGAGACUCUUUCGAUUUUAUUCUUUGCAAUGCUUCAAUGCAUUUAAUGUCUGAAAAUGAUAUUUACCCGAUCGUAUCAAAGUUACUCAAACCUAAAACGGGUUAUUUUCUUUAUACAUUAUGGUAUCAUGCGUUCGAUGAAACCGAAAAUUUCGAUAAUAAUCAAAGAUUAGAAGCAUAUAUUAAUGAUGCAUUAACUUAUUUCAAAUAUCCAAAUUAUUUUUCGACAACAAAUAGAAAAAUCGAAACAAAAAAGCAAUCAGUCCGAUCGAGAAAAUUUUUAGAAGAAACAGCGUAUAAACAUGGAAUUAAACUUGAAUCGUGUGCAAUUCAUAUUCAUCAAGUACCAAUGAGUUUCGAUCUGGACUUUAUGCUAAUGGAACCAUCGUGGUUAAUGGAUCAUUUGAAAAACUUUGAAUGGACACAAAAUCGAGAUGCUCAUUCGAUAAAAGGACAGAUUGUUGAGAAACUAAGAGAAUUAAUUAAAGAUGAAUACACGGAAAAACCAGUGGUGCAAAUUGUUGUAUCAAGAAUUUAA